AUGAAGCUGGUGUACAUGUCUUUCUUGGAACAAUCUGCUGAUGUAGAUUGGAAGGGUCUGGUAAUGGGGAAUCAGGCUAGACCCCGUGCAAAAAUUGUCUUGUGGCUAGCGUGUCAUGGUAGACUUGCUACCAAAGAUAUAUUGGUCAAAUUUGGCUUCAUAAGUGAUAGCAAGUGUGAAUUCUGUGCUGAAGCUGAGACUUUGCAACACCUAUUUUUUGAAUGCAGAGAAACUCAAAGUAUAUGGAAGGCUGUCAUGAGGUGGCUACACAUGGAGCACCAUGAUAGUGGGUGGUUGCAGGUAAAGGAUUGGGGGAUUAAACUCUAUAGAAGCAGAAACUGGAGGAAGAAUUUCUUCAAAAUAGCUCUGCCUGAAAUUAUAUAUGCUAUAUGGAUGCUUAGAAAUAGAAAAGUGUAUAGAAAGGAUACCAUAGAUAGUGAGAUAGUUACUCAUAUUAUAGAAAAUAUUGUCAAUAGAGCUUGGGUUGUUCCAAAGCUUAGAGAAAAUCUAGCUUUCUUAAUGAUGUAUCGAGUGGGUUUGUUCCCAUAUGUUUGGCCCUAUGGGUCGCUUGUUUUGUAA